AUGAUGGAGCUGGAUUCGUGUACUGAUACAAUCUCACUUUGGCAACAAACUGAUCCAGAUUGGCGAAAGUAUAGUUUGGAUGUGCUGCCCAAGGUACUUCUGGGCCGUGGUGAUAUGGUGAAGUUACUGUGCGAUUCGGGUGUUGCCAAAUAUUGCGAAUUUAAGUGUGUGGAUCGGUUUUUGAGCGCUUCCGGAAGCACCAAUCCCAUAUCGUUAAAAGGAUUGAUCGCUGUCUGUCAGUUUUUGGAGUCAGUGGGACGCUAUAGCGAUUCACCAUUUUUGUGGACUCUUUAUGGUAGCGGUGAAUUGCCGCAGUGUUUUUGUCGGUUGUGUGCUGUUUUUGGUGGAACGUAUUGUUUAGAUCGACAGAUAGAAGGCUUUAUUAUUAGCGACAACAGAGUUGUUGCAGUGGUAACGCAAGGGCAACGAAUUGACUGCCGAUAUGUCAUCGCCAGUCAUGCAUACACACCACAAAAAUACAUAAAAAAUUUAUCGAAAAAGCGAUUCAAUCGAGCUGUAUUGAUCUCUGAAGGAUCCAUCUUACCGGAUCCGGAAAAAGAACAUGUAAGAUUCCUGGCCUUGUAUUUUCCUUUAUUAGCAUGUAACUCUGCUGACCGCACCGAAAAUUGGAGACUUCAAAACCGCGGCUUAUUCGGAGUAUGA